AUGCCAAAAAAAGGUCGAACAAAUAUGAAUUUGACUCCUAACGGAUGGGAUCAUUCCGAACGAUGGAGAAAUUUAUCGAAAAGAGAACUAACUAAUUUAAUAUCAGUUAUGUACUACCGUGCUGGUAUAACUGAUCAAAAAGAAUUUGUUAAUGGAUGUAUCAAUGAUCCAGUUAUUUGUGGUCUAUUAGUUCCAUGUUGUUAA